AUGUCUGAGCCCAAUGUUCGUGCCUCCUUUGCAGAUAAUCGCCGCCCACUUUCCAAAACAAAGGGGCAGCUGCUCAACAUGCCGCCGGUGAUCACAACUGCACUGUAUACGGCAUUUCCGGUUAUCUUUUUACUGGAUAAAGUACUUGCCUUUUUGACCUGGACAAACGAUGAUCCUUAUACCAAUUUUAUUGCCAUUGCUAUUUACAUCAUGGUGGUCAAGUACUGGACAGUAGUGGCGUGCACUGUACUGCCCACAAUCAUAGCUUUAGGCACGUGUGCUUCCCUGUGGUUCUUGAAGACCACCAUUGACGAUUUGCGGUCGGAGACGGCUCCGCCCACAAUUGAGGAAAUUAUUGACACGCUUAUCAACAUGCAGGCACGGUUCAGCUACAUCGUGGAGCCGUUCAGCUAUUUCGGGUCCUUAUCCGGUUCGGACUAUUUCAAUCUAGGGUUUAGCCUUAUAGCUAUCACGCCUUGUUACAUCUGGCUCAUGACGCGGAUUUUCACAGUAAGAUCAUUUUUGCUUGUCUUUGGUGUUGCAUGGUUGUCGUUUCACUCGUCGUGGUCGGUUGCAACCCGGCAUCUUCUGUGGAGAAGCAUCGUCAUCCGCAAAAUACUUACGUUUACGACAGGUCUGAAAUUCUCGCUAGUCGAUAAAAAUAUCGAACUGACAGUGCUGAAUGAUUUCCAGAUCUCAAAUGUCGGAACAGGCAAGACGGUUGAGUUCCAUAUCCUCCAAAAUCAGCGAAGAUGGCUCGGAGUUGGAUGGUCCAACACCCUGCUCCCCUUUGAACGCGGACCUUUCACCACUGAAGAUUUAGAGAAGUCGUGGGACUCUCUUGAAAGUUUCCAGUUCCCAGAGAUCACACAAGCAACCUGCCGGUGGAGAUGGCUGGACGCAAACUGGAAAACAGACGACUCUUUUGCGCCGGGAGAGGGGUGGAUCUAUUACAACAACAGCUGGGAAGAACCUUCGAACACGGACUCGCUCACAAGAUUUACACGCACCAAACGCUGGAAAAGACGCGCACUGGUCAUCGUCGAGGACGACGGAACCACCUAG